GUGGAGGGCCAAUGGAUGUGCCUGUUGAUCCUGGAGGCUCCAGGCCUUGCCACGUCAAGCUCUUACCACUGCAGAUCCUGUCACCACUGGCAAUACUGACAUCUCAGUCUGUCCAGCCAUUUGCCCUACACAGGGGCACUGAGAUCUUUCUCUCUCAUCUACCUGGAGCUUCUGGGAGAAGUGAGAAUCUCACUAGGGUCUGGGAGACCACCUCAUCCCUCUCCUCCUGCCAGCGGACUGCGCAGCCCCAGGAGGUCGACUGAGGUGUUCUUGGACCUCCUGCUGCAGGACUUUGAGGCGACCGCCAGAAACAGCUCUGCAACCUGAAGGCGGCAUUUCCCUGGGGGCAUCCACAACAUCAGCAGAAUUGAAGCUGCAGCAGAGACUGCCACCCUCAGCUCACACCCUGUCGGAUCAUGCUCCCUCCCACCAGGUCCCCUGCUAUGGCGCUGGCGAUGCUGCAGGACUGGUGUCAGUGGAUGGGCGUGAAUGCACAAUGCUCACUACUCAUCCUGGGCAUCCCUGAUGACUGCGAGGAAGAUGAAUUCCAGGAGGCCGUGCAGGCUGCCCUCUGGCCCCUGGGCAGGUACCGAGUGCUGGGCAAGGUCUUGAGGAAGGAGCUUGGGUCCAGGGUAGCCUUGAUUGAAUUCCGUGACACUUUAAACAGAAGUUUGAUCCCCCGACAAAUGCCAGGCAAGGGAGGACCCUGGACUGUGGUCUUCCUGCCCCCAGAUUCUGAUGCUGAAUUACAAGAGAGACCCAAUUUCACUGCACAGUCUCAGGGGCAAGAAGUGGCAGCAGCUGCAGGUGAGGUAGGAGCUUCAGGUGGCAGAGUUGCUGCAAGUGAGGGAGGAGCUGUAGUUGAGGCAGAAGUACGUGAAAUAGGAGUUGCAGAUGAGGCAAGAGCCUCAGAUGAGGAGGGAGCUGCCGGUGACAUGGGAGUUGCAGGUGUUCUAGGAGCUUUGGGUCUGGUAGGAGCUGCAGGUGAGGCAGGAGCUGCAGGUGACGGAGGAGUUGCAGGUGAGGCAGGAGCUGCAGGUGAGGCAGCAGCUGCACGUGGGGCAGCAGCUGAGGCAGAAGCAGCAGGUGAAGUAAGAGCUGCGCAUGAGGCAAGAGUGUCAGAUGAAGAGGGAGCUGCAGGGGACAUGGGAGUUGCAGGAAUUAUAGGAGCUGUGGGUGUGGCAGGAGCUGUAGGUGAGGGAGGAGCUGCAGGUGAUGGAGGAGCUGCAGGUGAGGCAGGAGCUGCAGGUGAGGGAGGAGCCGCAGGUGAGAGAAGAGCUGCAAGUGAAGCAGAGGAAGCAGGUGAAAUAGGAGCUGCAGAUGAAGCAAGAGAGUCAGAUGAGGAGGGAGCUGCAGGUGAUAUGGGAGUUGCAGGUGUGAUAGGAGCUGUAGGUAUAGCAGGAGCUGCAGGUGAGGCAGGAGCUGCAGGCGAGGCAGGAGCUGCAGGUGAGGAACGAGUCUUGGAUAUGGCAGGAGGGACAGAUGACGCGGGAGCCCGGACCCAGCAGUGGAGCCAGGCCCUGCAGCCUGUCCUGGAGAACAUGGCCUAUGAGGAGCUGAGAAGCUUUUCUGGGAUUGAAGAGCCAGCCUGUGGGGAAGACUCCUUCGAGAGCUGGCUGGAUCAUGCCAACGACAUGCUGUACCUGUGGCGCCACAUAUCCGAGAGGGAGAGGAGGAGGAGGCUGGUGGAGAGCUUGGGUGGGCCCGCCCUGGAUCUCAUGUGUGGGCUCCUGGAAGAACACCCAGACACUCCUGCACAGGACUGCCUGGCCGCGCUGGUGCAGGUGUUUGGGAACAAGGACACCCGGAUGACCGCACGCCUGAAGUUCCUGACUUGCUCUCAGCGGCCUCAGGAGACUCUCUUUGCCUAUGUGAUGCGCCUGGAAGGCCUGCUGCAGGUAGCCUUGGAGAAGGGGGCCAUCCAUCCGGCUAUUGCUGACCAGCUGCGAGCCCGGCAGGUGCUGAUGAGGGCCCGACCAAACCAGAUGCUCCAGAACAACCUGAGGAGGAUGCGUCUGGAGAGGAGGCCACCCGGCUUCCUGGGGCUUCUCCGGCUCAUUAGGGAGACUGAGGCAUGGGAGGCUGCCCUACCUAGGAAUGAGCAGGUGGAAGGUGAAGAGGGAGCUGAAGUACAAAGUGAAGACCCAGCUGCCUCCCAGGAUGAGCAGGCCCAUGGAGAGGCUGCUGAGUCUGGCCCUGCCACCCAUGACCCCUCCCACCCCUACCCAGGUAAUGAAGAUGCCAGUGCAGUUGCUCCUGAGCCUGAGCACCCUGCAGAAGACAAUUCGGAUUCUGAUGAUGCCAUAGCAUCCCCUGCCAUUCAGAGAAGAGAAAAUGCUCAGGUCCCUGCAUUCCUAGACCAGGCAGAACCCAAUGAGGCACCGGGGGCCCCCACCCCAGGCCGGAUGGGCAGGGUUUCUGAUGCCAGUCCAGGAGGGCCUGGCUGGAUGCCAGAGAGUCUGGCCCAGGAGGAAGAGCGGGAGGCCUAGGAGCCCUUGCUGGAGGCAUCAGGAAACAAGGAUGGGGCUGGACAGAUUGGCAACCCUGAGUUUUCCCAGGCAAAUAGGUUCAGAAGACCUCUCCUUUCAGGCAACAGAGCCUUGGAGGGAGGGCCAGGGCAGGCCAGGGCCUACUGUCACCCCACAUCAGGAGCAGGGCCCAGGGAAGGGCUCACCCUGCCCAAACCAAGCCCCUGGAUCCCCCCAGCUUCCCAAAGGGGCCAUGGCCACCACCGCCACCAGACUUUUCCAGUGACCCCAAAGACCAUAUUUUCCACCAGAUGGAGCGAGGAGAGGUGCCCCUCCUCAUGGAAGCCCCAAACCCAAACCCUGCCAGUCUAGGGCUGCAGGCCUGAAAGUGGGGAGAGGGGCUGAGGUCACCUGCCACCUGCACCGGACUGGGAGACGUCGGGGAAGAGAGUCCAUCUCAAGGGUGCCAGCUGCCUGGCUCUCCCAACAGGCAAAACCCCAACCCGA